UAUACACCAUACCAUAACACCAUUCUGAUAUAUGUAUUUUAUUGAAUUUCUCAACUACUAUGGCUUCCGGCGACGAUGUGGUAGUCAAAGAAGUGGACGCCUAUUUCCGAGUCUACAAAAGCGGCCGUGUUGAGCGUCCCUACAAUGUACCCGGCGCUUUAUACGUUCCGCCGUCGCCGGAAAAUGCAUCAGCCGGCGUUUUCUCUAAAGACGUCACCAUCUCACCCCACGUCUCCGCUAGACUCUACCUUCCAGAAAACACCACUGCCGGCCAAAAACUCCCUGUCCUAGUGUAUUACCACGGCGGUGGACUAGUCGUUCAAUCUGCCUUCUUCAAUGGGAAUCACUGUUACGUCAACUCUUUAUCUUCUGAGUUAAACGUAAUUGCUGUUUCUGUAGAGUACCGUCUAGCCCCAGAAGUUGAUGUGCCAACGAUAUAUGAAGAUUGUUGGACCGCACUUCAAUGGGUCGCUUCGCACGCUGAAGACAAAUCCACCGUAGUUAACAAAGACUCAUGGUUAACUAACCAUGGUAAUUUUAGUAGAGUUUUCUUAGCUGGGGACAGUGCUGGUGGCAAUUUAGUAUACCAUAUGACUAUGAGGGCUGGCAAAGAAAACUUGAACAACGAGGUGAAAAUUACUGGAUCAAUUUUUGCUUAUCCUUAUUUCUUGUUCCCAAAUAUAGACAUUGAUGAAGAGGGACAGGCUAAUAAGAUUUGGGUCAACAUUUGUCCGCCACUAGAGUCAGGGUUAGUAUCCCCUGUUGAUAGCCCAUUGAUUAACCCGCUUUCUGAAAAGGCUCCAUCUUUAUCGAGGCUAGGCUGUUCAAGAAUUUUGGUGUGUAUGGGAAAGAAAGAUGAUAUUAUUCCUUUAGGAGUUGGGGUUCGAUUUGUUGAAGGUGUGAAGGAGAGUGGAUGGGAUGGAGAAUUGGAGUAUCUUGAGGUUGAUGAGGGACAUGCCUUUCAGAUAUGUAAACCUGAAACGGAGGAAGCUAAACGGAUGAUGAAGUGUUAUGCUGAUUUUGUCCACCGCUAAACAUAUGCUGUUUUGCUUCAGAUCAUCUUUUUAGCUUUCUGCAAUUGUUUGAUCUUAUAUUAAAAAAUAAAACGUUUCUUGUCGGACUGUCUCCUCCAGCUAGCUGGAAUUGGAAGGCAGUUUAAAUACAUUAAUAUAAUACCCCAUUGAUUCUUCUCUCAUCCUCAAUUCAUUUUUCACCUCUCCCCUCUUUUAAUCUAUCUUUCUCAUCAUCACGUGAGCUCCGGUGGAAACUAGCAAAGAGUCAUU